AUGGACCUGCACAUCCUGGAGCACCGGGUGCGGGUGCUGAGCCUGGCCCGCCGCGGGCUCUGGCUCUACACCCACCCGCUGCUCAAGCUGCUCUUCCUGCCCCAGCGCUGCCGGUGCAAGUUCUUCAGCCUGACGGAGACCCCCGAGGACUACACAGUCAUGCUGGACGAGGAGGGCUUCAAAGAGCUGCCGCCCUCCGAGUUCAUGCAGGUGGCAGAUUCCACGUGGCUGGUGCUCAGCGUGGUCUCCAACGGGCGGGAAGCCCCCGGCUGCCAGGCCACCGGCGUCACCAAGAUCGCGCGGUCGGUCAUCGCGCCGCUGGCCGAGCACCACGUCUCGGUGCUGAUGCUCUCCACGUACCAGACUGACUUCAUCCUGGUGCGGGAGCGGGACCUGCCCGUGGUGAUCCACACGCUGGCCGGGGAGUUCGACAUCUACAGGGAGGAGAGUGGCGAGUGUGUCCCUGUCACCUGCGACGAUGUGAGCAACGGCUUCCUCAAGCCCAAGCCGCCCGCCAGCCCCACGCUGCACCCGGUGCAGAGCCCCCAGACCCGCUUCUGUGUCCUGACGGUGGCCCCCGACACGCUGCCCGCCAUCGCCACCAUGCUCAUCGACGUCCUCUUCUACUCCCACGGCAGCCCCCCGUGGGAUGCAGCCACCAGCAGCCAGGACCUCGACUCCAUCACCUUCUUCUCCUUCUCGCUCAUCGAGGGCUACAUCUCCAUCGUGAUGGAUGCCGAGACCCAGAAGCGCUUCCCCAGUGACCUCCUGCUGACCAGCUCCACGGGGGAGCUGUGGCGGAUGGUGCGGAUCGGGGGGCAGCCCCUCGGCUUCGGUGAGUGUGACCGUGCUGGCAUGUCCCCUCUUGUGCCUCUGCCGCCCGGGGGGUGCUCUGCUGUCCCCGUGUGUCCCCGUGGCAGUGCCCCCAGCCCCCCCUGCGCUGAUUUCUGGUUGUAA